AUGCUCUGGCGAUAUUCACUACUAUUUGCCGCCCAGGUUGGCAGCGUCAUCGGUAAAGGACAACAUGUGCUUGGAUCCAGCGGGGAUGGCCUGAAUCGAAUCCGAGACAAACUACUAGAAGCUGAGAUCAUUCCGACCGUUAUUGAUGAUUUCCCCCCCGCUCUUGGGUUCCGCGCAUCAUGGAAACACGACUCGGCUGAUCUUGGCAACACUCUCAAACCAACACAUCUGAAAAAGGCACCAAAAGUCCAUCUUGACAGGGUUGAGUCAGAUGAUUCACUCGAAGCAAUUCUGAAGAAGCAUGCCACAUAUGUCGUCGUUCUCACUGAUCCGGAUGCACCGUCUAGAGACGACCCUAAAUGGUCCGAGUUCUGCCAUUGGAUUGCAGCUGGAACCAAGAUUUCUUCAUCAACAACAUCGAAGCAUCACCUGAAAGACAUUGUCAAGUACAAGGCUCCCGCUCCGCCUCCAAAAACAGGAAAGCACCGUUACGUCUUCUUUGCAUUCGUCGCAGCCAACGGAACGACUGAGAAACUCCAUCUCACUAAACCGAAAGAGAGGAAGCAUUGGGGCUCGAAGGAUGCUGGACAUGGAGUCCGGGAGUGGGCGCUUCAAAAUGGUCUUGCUCCUGUUGAACGAGGAGCAGUAGCGUACACCCAGAUUCACAUGUCAACUGCCAGUCUUGAUCAUGCCAUUUGUCCGUUUCCACUCGCCCAUCGGGCAAUCUUCCUAUUUCAGAACACGAGCGGCAAUUUGAUCGUCCCCGCAUCUACCAAGACUCCAAGCUAUCCAAUUAGGCCCACGAUUGACACCACGAAUAAGAUGGCAUCCAUGUACUAUGUUGUUGACGGCGUCAUGAGGGAAGGUCCUACAACAACGCACUUUCUGCAACUGUUUGAGUCAAAGCCUCCUGCUCAACAUCUUGACAACAGUUUCAUCGCUACAGUUCUCUCCAUCCUUCCAGUCGUCCUCGCUCUACCAACAGGCGAAGAUGCAUCCAUCUCAAAGCGCCAGAGCGUGAACACAGUCACAGACCAGCUUCUCUUCAGCGUCACACUCCCACAAUUCACCGCUCGUCGCAACGCCCGCGAUCCUCCCACUCUUGACUGGACCUCUGAUGGUUGCACUUCGUCCCCCGACAACCCAUUCGGUUUCCCUUUCGUCCCCGCUUGCAACCGUCACGACUUUGGCUACCACAACUACCGCGCCCAGAGCCGAUUCACAGUCAGCGGCAAGGCCCGUAUCGAUAGCAACUUCAAGACCGAUUUGUACUUUCAAUGUCAAUCUUCGAGUGUUUCUGGUGUCUGCAGAGGUCUUGCCGAUGUCUACUACGCUGCUGUCAGAGCCUUUGGCGGAGACGAUGCUACACCUGGCAAGAGAGAUGAGGCCCUCGUUAAAGAGUACGAGGAGAAGGUUGAGGUCUACAACAAGCUUGUUGAGGAGGCUCAGGAGAAGGGAGACCUACCUCGCCUUGACUAA